GCUACGUGCAGGGGAUGAGCGACCUGCUGUCUCCUGUCCUCUACGUGAUGGAGAACGAGGUGGACGCCUUCUGGUGUUUCGUCUCCUUCAUGGAUCAGAUGCACCAGAACUUUGAGGAGCAGAUGCAGGGUAUGAAGACUCAGCUGAUCCAGCUCAGCACUCUGCUCAGACUGCUCGACCUCUCCUUCUGGAACUACCUGGAGGCUCAGGACUCGGGUUACCUGUACUUCUGUUUCCGCUGGCUGCUGAUCAGAUUCAAGAGAGAGCUCAGCUUCCAGGACGUCCUCAGGCUCUGGGAGGUGAUGUGGACCGGGCUCCCCUGUCAGAACUUCCACCUGCUGCUGUGCUGUGCCAUCCUGGACUCAGAGAAGCAGAAGAUCAUGGAGGAGAACUACGGCUUCAACGAGAUCCUCAAGCACAUUAACGAGCUCUCCAUGAAGCUGGAGAUAGAAGAGGUCCUUCAGAAAGCCGAAGGCAUCGGUCUGCAGAUCAAGAGCUGCAAGGACCUCCCCGCCACCAUCAGCUCCAUCCUGGGCUGGGACCCUCCAGCCCCCCCUCCGGUCCCCCCCCCCGGCCCCCCCGCCGGCUCUCAGGACCCCCCAGAGAGGAGCCGCCUGCUCCAGCCCACUCUCCAGAGACAGCAGUGCGCAGAACGGCUGCUCACCGGCCUUCAUAUCAUAAACACUGCCUCCAGAAGAGCAGGACUGUCUAUACCACCACAGAAGAAGAAGAGCAGGACUGUCUAUACCACCACAGAAGAAGAAGAGCAGGACUGUCUAUACCACCACAGAAGAAGAAGAGCAGGACUGUCUAUACCACCACAGAAGAAGAAGGGUACCACACAGAAGAAGAAGAGCAGGACUGUCUAUACCACCACAGAAGAAGAAGAGCAGGACUGUCUAUACCACCACAGAAGAAGAAGAAGAGCAGGACUGUCUAUACCACCACAGAAGAAGAAGAAGAGCAGGACUGUCUAUACCACCACAGAAGAAGAAGAGCAGGACUGUCUAUACCACCACAGAAGAAGAAGAGCAGGACUGUCUAUACCACCACAGAAGAAGAGCAGGAUGUAA